AUGAGACCGCAACCCGUCGUCAAGGCAACAAGGGUGCUAGCGCUGAAGGACGUCUCGGAGCAUCUACAGCUGCUGUGCGCAGGCGUGUGCGCGUCUGCGCUGGCCUUGUGCGCAGAGCUGUGGCGCUUCCACCGCGCGCGGUCGACGCGCGCGCGCGCAGCUCAGCACCAUCUGCGCUGGGUGGCGCUAAGUGUGUGCGCACAUACGCAAAUGUGCUUCGUGCCAUCACCGCCACAGCCGUUUGCAAGGGCUCUGGCUCCAUCACGGCUUAAAAGAGCGUACCAACUAGAGAGGUGCGUACGCGGAGAUGCUACCUGA